AUGCCUCGCGAUACAGUGGGCGAGCGCCUGGUCGUGUUGCGCGUGGAGAGCGCGGGGAAUGAGGAGGCGGCGCGCGAGCACCGCACCGGCGGCUUCGCGCAGGCGCAGCUCGUGCUGCGGCGCGGGGCCCCGUUCCGCCUGCGCCUCAAGCUGAGCCGCGCCGUGCAGCGACACCGCGACUCCAUCGUCCUCGAGUUCAGCACCGGUAGCGAGGAGACGUGGAGCGCGACCCUGGGCGAGGAGACCUCGGGAGGGGGCCAAGGGGUCGAGAUCGAGGUCACGGUGCAGUCUCCUCCGCACUGCCCCGUCGGCCAGUACCGGCUCGCGGUGGCGGUGAGCCCCGCCGGGGGCUUGCCGGUACGCACGGCGCCCGGGGUCUGUCCCGACCUCAUCAUCCUCUUCAACCCGUGGUGCAGAGGAGACGCCGUCUUCAUGGAGCCCGAGGAACACAGAACGGAGUUUGUUCUGAACGAGACGGGUCGACUGUUCUACGGAACCGCGCAGCAGAUCGGGACCCGCGCGUGGAACUAUGGGCAGUUUGCGAGCGGGGUGCUGGACGCGAGCCUGCACCUGCUGACCUCCAUGGCCUGGGGGCAGCGUGGAGACGCCGUGGACGUGGUGCGAACCGUGUCCGCGCUGGUGAACGCGAAUGACGAGAGCGGGGUCCUGGAGGGGAACUGGUCCGAGCGUAACGACUACUCCGGGGGGACCGCCCCCGCUGCCUGGACGGGUAGCCCUGACAUCCUGAGAGAGCAUCACCGGUCGGGUCGACCGGUCAAGUACGGCCAAUGCUGGGUGUUCGCCGCCGUCACUACCACGGUGUUGCGCGCCCUGGGAAUCCCGUGUCGCACCGUCACCAACUUCUCCUCGGCGCACGACACGGACGGGAACCUCGUCACGGACAUCUUCCUCGACGAGAAGAUGCGGCCAGACCGGAGCCAGACCAAGGACUCCAUCUGGAACUUCCACUCGUGGAGCGACGCGUGGAUGAAGCGACCCGACCUCCCGUCGGGAUACGAUGGCUGGCAGGUGGUGGACGGCACCCCGCAGGAAGCGAGCGCAGGUGUUUUCCGCUGCGGCCCGGCUCCCGUGGUGGCCGUGAAGAAAGGAGACAUCAACUUGAAAUACGACACCGCCUUUGUGUUCGCGGAGGUGAACAGCGACCGCGUGUUCUGGAAGAGGCGUGCGGGCGGGGAACGGGAGCGGAUCUCCGUGGAGACCGACAGCAUCGGCCAGAAGAUCAGCACCAAGGCUCCGGGCAGCGACGCGCGCCUCGACAUCACAGCCGAAUACAAACCCCCUGAGGGCUCCGAGGAGGAGCGCCGCGUGGUGGCGCACGCACUCAGCCUGCUGAAGCGCGCGGGUGCGGAGAGGGGACCCCGCGAGGUGGAGACAGGAGGGGCAGGGUCCCCCCAGGGGGACAACGUGAGCGGCGCAGGUGGUCCUGGCGGGGUCGAGAGGGGAAGAGACGCAGCUGAUAUCGGCGGGGCUCUGGAUGAACGCUCCUUUUUAAACCCCGAUGGACACUUCAUUGCAUCCCUUGGCGGGGACCCUAUUGGGCCCCCGGUGGGCGGGGAGCCACGACCCCCCGAGGUGACGCUGGCGGUGCGGGUUCUGGAGGAGACCGCGCUGGGCCGGGAGUUAACGGCCGAGGUGCGCGUGGCGAGUGCGAGCGCGCGACCCCGCGUGCACGUGUGCGUGCGCGUGCGGGGCCACGGGGCCACGUACACGGGCGCCAACCUGGGCGGGUUCGAAGAGGAGGAGACUCUGCUGGAGCUGGGACCCCACGAGGAGCGGCGCGUGCUGGUGCGCGUGCCCGCGAGCGAGUACCUGCACCUGGCCGUGGACCAUUUCGCGCUCGUGCUGGUGGCGUGCGCGCGCGUGCUCGACACGGGCGUCGAGGUCGCGCGCGUGCACGUGGCCCGCGUGCGCUCCCCGCGCCUACGCGUGCACGUGCCCGAGGGGGCCCACGUGGGUCGCGAUCUCAUCUCCGAGCUCUGCUUCACGAACCCCGUGGCGCGCGUCCUGCACCGCGUGCGCGUGCGUGUCGAGGGAGCCGGCGUGCACGCGCCGGGCACCAUCCUCGUCGGGGACGUGGAGGGGCACGGCCGCGUGCGCAUGCGCGUGCCCGUGGUUCCCAAGCGCCCCGGGGAGCUCACGCUGAUCGCGAGCCUCGACUGCACGGAGCUUCCGCAGGUGCACGGGGGAGCCACCUUCCAGUGCGAGCCCUGAGACUUCAGCAUCACCACCAUCAUCAACAUCAUGAGUCAACCACCAUCAUCAGCAUCAAGAGUGGUACCACCAUGAUCGUGAUCGAGUGAACUAUCAUGAACGUGUUCAUCAUCAUCAAGGUCGCACUCAUUACACACAAAG